GAUCCCACACUCCUAAAAUUCACACGAAUCGUAAAAUACAAAGCGAUAAAAUCAUGGGACAUCCAGGGAAAGAAAGGCAGGAGCAGCUUCGCGCUGCAAAAGGCGUGAAGGAAAAAAGGGUCAUUAUAGAAAAGAGACGUGCCGCGCGAGCUGGUAAAUUUGAGUCUCGUUCCAGUUCAAAGCUUCAUACUCUAGAUCAAGGGUCUUUCGCUGCCGCAGCAUAUUCGUUCUCUGGUGCCAUUACUUCCGAACACUCGGUCCAACAGCAAUUGGUGUUUCUUCCUCGAGUUACCGCCAGCAAUCUUGCCACAUCAACCUUCGGUGCUACUGCUGGUACUGGCAGCUUUGUUGCUCCCUCAAGCAACCAAGCCCCACAAACUGAUAAUUCCUCUCGGCCAAGCACGACUACAUCUCAACAAGCCUUCCCCGCUAGAAUCGCUGCCGUCGCAGCAAGGCGUACCGGUGGUCGUCACCACAAAAGAAGUCGAGUUCCAAACCAAAAAGAACGUUUGUCUCGCCGCAGUAUUUUUCGCGAGCUUACUGGUGUUCCUUUAGCUGCAUUUGGCCUCAGUCACAACCUUGGGGGUUAUGUCGCUGCUGACAUAGUCGACAAUUGGCCUUCAGAGGUUCUUGGAGAGGAGCUUCUUGAUAGUGAUGAUAAAGAGGAAGAAUAUAUGGAAUACGAUGAUGAAGGGGUAGAGGAUGUGGAGGAUGAUGAUGACGAGGAGAUGGUAGAUGUAGGAUAUGACUUGGACAUUUAUGACAGCGAUGGAACCGAGUGGGCUGCUUUCGGAGUAAAUAUGAAGGAGGGCCAGCCGUCAUGAUCAGAUUCUCUGGUAUCCGUGCAGCUUUGAUAGACAGCGAGUUUUUGUUAUCGACCAAGCUUACAAAUGUGACACUAAGGUUCUGUAUUCCUGAGCAUCUGCAUAUACUUUCCAGACCCUUCCACGGCUCGUUGCCAUUGAAUAAAUGCUGAAUAUUAACA